AUGCAGGAAAAGGAAGGAGAAAAGGAUAAUGAAAAGGACAAGAAGAAAAAAAAGAAGAAUUCUUCUUCAAAAUACAAUUAUAAUUUUGGCGAUCUUUACCCGGGAGUAUGUAUCGGGCACAAGCACUGUCUUUUCAACAGACCACCAGCUCUACAAGUGCCCCCAACAAUGGGCUGGUUGUGGAAUGCACCAGACGUGCCAGGCAUGAAGUCCGUUCGCCGCGGUUGGUCACCAGGCGUCAUCGGAAAGAGUGUGGCAAAAACUAUGACGUUUAAAUUUGCACGCGGAGGUCCCGAAAAAGACAAAAAUAAAAAGAAAAAAAAGAAAGGGAACAGGCCAGGAGGUACUGAUGUCGGUGGCGGAGACUCCGAACCAGAAGAGCUUUGGAGCCUAAACCCACACUCAAGGUCCAAAGGAAAGGCGAUGUAUUUACUAUACAGGUGUCUCCAUUAAAAGACUUGACUGAUAUUUUGCCCAAUGAAGAUCCGUACGUAGACUGUGAUCCAAUGGUUUUCAAAAUUAUAAAGAAGAGAAGUCCAGAAGAACAAGCGAAAGUCGAAGCGAGGAAAAUGGUAAAAUUAAAAAAACAGCGAGAUGCAGAAAUUCGGAAGGCUUUAGCGGAGGCCGUGGAGGAUAUAUGCAAGUGUGCCUACAUGGAUGUGUACUGUAACGAUUUGUCCGCAAUAGAUCGGGUAAUUGACAGCUGUCCAGCUUUUAAAGAGCCUGAGUGUAUUUGUAAAGAAGAGUCAUUGAGUUCUUUAUCAAGUAACGCGACCUGGGACAUAGAGUACACGCCUCCGUUUGGGUGCUUCGACUUGGCGCCUAGAAAACGGAAAACCUACAUUCACGUGGAGACACAAUACAUACCGGCCGACGCUGGGAUAGUGGAGCCGCCACCACCGAAACCUAAGUGCAAGAGAUCAUGCGCUUCGAUCCGACCAAGAAGGAGAAUCUCUAAGAAGACUUGCUGUGGUCCUUGUGCUUGCUGA